AUGGACACAUAUGACUGUAUCAUCGUAGGCGCCGGCUACGCGGGUCUGGCGGCGGCAAAGUCUCUCAAAGAAGCCGGGAAACAGAUUCUGGUCCUGGAAGCGCGUGAUCGCGUUGGAGGAUUACGACGGCUCUUUCCUCGGAGUCCACCACGACCAACUACCGAGGGGAAGAGUGUCCUUCACUACGAUGGCAAGCCUCGUCCGUACUCGGGUUUCAUACCUCGAUUGACUCCUUGGGCGCUUUUGGACACGGGGCUUGCGGUCAAAAGGUUCGAGUCAAUGGCGGACAAGGUCAACCUCGAAGAGCCCUGGAAAACGCGCGACGCAGAGAAAUUGCACAACAUGACCCUUGACGAAUGGAUCCGGCGGAGGCUGUGGACAAGGGCUGCAAAGGACCUGAUCAGAGUGACAGCGGAGCUCAUUUGGGGAACUUCUGCCUCUCAAUUGAGUCUACUACAUUGCUUGUGGUACACCAAGGCCGGAGUCAGCUUGACUGUUCUGGGCAGCAUCGAGAACGGUGCCCAGCAGCAACUUAUCAAGGGCGGAGCACAAAUGACCGGGGUGGACCAGAAUGACAGUGAGGGCGUCCUCGUGCACACUGACAUGGCGAGCUAUAAGGGUCGACACGUCAUCUUCGCUGUCCCGCCGCCGCUCGUGCUGAAGGUCGCCUUCGAUCCGCUGUUGCCGAUGCAGAAAACGCACCUGCUUCAGCGCAUGCCGAUGGGCGCGUACUGGAAGGAUGUGGUCACUUACCGGACGCUGUUCUGGCAUGAUGACGGGCUGCGAGGAGAAUGCGUGAGUCCGGAUGGGCUGGUGAGUUUCGUCACGGAUGCGUCGCCGGAGGACGAGAGUCGCGGUGUUUUCAUGGCGUUCGUCGUGGGCAAGAAGGCUUACCUUUUCGCCGAGAUGGAUGAGAUGGCGCAGAAAGAGAGGGUGUUGAGGGAGUUGAUUUAUGGCGAACCAAAGAUGGUCGACAGGCUGUCCGGUGGCGGGAAUGCCUCCUGGAACAUGGACAACGCUGGGGGAAUGGAUGCGCAAGCCGGUUGA